AUGCGGUUGUUGUCCCGCGGAAGGUGUCUCGGGGCCUCCCUCGCAGUCUUCCGCUUCUUCCUCCUCCCCCGCCCCCCCAGUCUCCCUGCGGCGCCGCCGUCGCCUGCGCCGCCCCCCGCCGCGGCUUCGGCGUACCCUGCCUCCGCGUUCGCCUCCUUCCCUGGCUCUCGAGGCCUCUCCCCCGCUCUCAUCGCCUCUGAGGCGCUGCAGCAACACCAAGAGGCCGCCGCCGGCGCUGCACUCUCCCUGCCGCUGCAUCUCCUGCGCCUUCAGCAACAGAGUGCGCUCGCCAAACAGCAGGGCCUCGCCGCGCAGGCGGUGGGCGGCAGCCUCAGCGCUGGAGGGCAGGCCGGCGGCGCCAUUUCUGCGUUCUUGCAAGCGAACCGCCUCCCGCAGCAAGCUCUCGCCGCGCUCCAGCAGCGGCAGUUGAGCGCCCAGCAGCGCAGCGGAGACACCGCCUCCUCGGGGAAAGUCCACUGGGUGCAGUGCGAUCGCUGCGACAAGUGGCGGGUGGCGCCGUUCGAGAUCAACGCGACGACUUGGGUCUGCGCACAAAACACGUGGGAUCCUCGCUUCGCGUCCUGCAGCGUCCCGGAGGAGACCAACGUGGAGCCCGACUCGCCGUCCUCCAGCGACGCCGCGGACGCCGCACCCUCCGGCGCUCAGCUUCCGACCCUCGCUUCCGGCGCGGGCGGAGGUGCUUCCUCCGGGGUCGCGGCGGCGGGUCCUGCAGGCAAGGGGAAGGGUGCGGGGGGUGGCGGGGCUGCAGCCAAGUCGCGAGCGGCUCGCCCGAAGAAGAAGGCGACGCCAGACGCGCCGGCUGUCGCGGCGGCAGCUGCAGGGGCUGGCGGGCCUUCUGCGGGGGGGGCGGUCGGAGGCGCGAAGAAAGGCCGCGGCGGGGCUGGGGCGGGAGCGGCGCGGAGGGAGGCAGGCGCUGCAGGCCCUGCGCUGCCGAGUGGCGCUGCAGGGCCCGCGGCGGGCGGCGGCGUUGUGAACAUCAGCAGUGCGGCCUCCGCACUGAUGGCCGCAGGGCUGCCGUUCUCGGCGCUGCAGCACGCGCAGACGCAGCAGCUUCUGCAGCAUCCGCUCCUGGCGGGCUCGCAGGGGCCGGGCCGCGGCGGGGGCGGGGCGGCGGGGCUGUUCGCUUCCAAGCGCUCGCCGAGUCUGGCGCCCGCGGCGUCGGGCGCGCGGGCGGGCGAUGCGCAGCUGCUGCAGCAGCACCUGCUGCAGCAGCACCAGCAGCUACAAGGUCAGCGGCUGCUGCAGCAGAUUCGGUCCUACGCGCACGGGCUUCCCGGCGAGCAGGCCGCUGCGGCGCAGCUCGUUUUUGAGCACUGGGUGCAGUGCGACGCGUGCAACAAAUGGCGCCGCGCGCCCGUCGAGAUCACCAGCGAGAAGUGGUUUUGCCGCAUGAACACGUGGGCUCCGCACUUUGCCUCCUGCGAGGUCCCGGAGGAACACGACCCUGAAGCCCACGACAUCGACCCCGCGAACCCGCUGCCCCCGGCCGUGCUGGCCCGCGGCGGCGCCCGCGCGACCCCGAAGGGCGCCGCCGGCGGCCGCGAGGAAGAAGACAAGCGCGGAGGUGCGCAGAAGCGACAGAGGAGCGCGGCUGCUGGCGCCGGACGCGGCGCCAGCAGUCGAGCGAAGGCCAGGAUCGACAAGGGUGGGGGGGCGGCACCCGCGCGCGCGCGGGCGACGGGCCCCGGCGCGCGCGGCGACGCAGACGCCGCCCUGUCGUCGCGGGAGUCGCUCCUCGAGGGCGGAGAAGAAGACCUGAAGACCGAGCGGGGGGAUUCGGGUGGCGCCGAGGGCGCGCUCGCCUCGUUCGGAGGCGCCUGCCUGCCUGCCGCGGCGACGCUCGCCUCCCUCGCGGGCUUCCCCCAGGGCAGCUUGGGGCUCACUGCCUCCGGCGGCCUCCAACUGCCUGGACUCCCCGCAGGUGCUGCAGCUGCAGCGUCGCAGUUCGGCGCCGUGGCGGCGGCGCUGGGCGGCGUCGAACAGGCGUCGCGGCUCCUCUCCGGCGUCGCGCGGGUUUCCGCCCCGCAGACGGGGGUCGCGGCCUCGCCAGUCUCGGCAGUCCCGUCCCUGUCGUCUCUGCUUCCGGCAGCCUCCGCGCUUCCGGCGGCGGGUGAGGAAACCGCGUGGCCGCAGUGCGCGAGCUGCGGCAAGGCCAAGCGCCCCGCUGAGGAUGCAGGCGCCGAAGAGCGCUGCUGCUGCUGUCCUAACGCGUGGGAGGCGGCGCCGCAGGACGCCUGGGAGGCCCCCGCUGAAGCGACUCCGGAGGCGGGGGUCGCCGCAGCGCCUGCCCAGGGCGACGGCGCGCGAGAUAGCGCGACAGACAGCCAGUUCGCGAACGGAAAUCCGCAGGCCCUUCCUCUCGCGGCGGGCGAAAGUGAGCUGGGCAACGCACAGACGACCCUCCGCGGGCAAGCUGGGGGAGCGACCAGCGGGGGCAGCCCCGGUCUUCCGCUCCUCGCCGCGGGAGCUCCUCUCGCUGGGUCCGGUAGCCAGCUGAACCCUCAGCAGCGGCUGCAGAUACUUCUUCAGAUGCAGAGCGCGGCAGGUGCACUCGCCCCUGCGCCGCAGGCCAACGCAUCGGAAGGGGUGCCCCUCGAGGCGGAGACGCCUGCAGAUGCGGGCGACGGGGGGGAGAAGGGCAAGGCGGAGGCGACGCAAGAGGAAGAAGAAGAGAAGGAAGAAGGGACGGAAGACACUGGAAACGGCGGCCGAAAGCACGAAGACGACGAAGAGGGAGGCGGCGCUGGGGCCUCCCACGGCGGGACUGGAGCCGCGGGAGGCGGCACGUCUGGCGGCAGCGGCAGGGCUCCGGCCGGCAGGCAAGGGGACGGCGACUGCGGGAAGAGAGGUGGAGGAUCUGAGAAGGGCGAGGGCGGCGAAACGGAGGGCGAGAGCAGCCCAGACAUCGAUGCGGCAGAAGAGCAACGCCAGAGUUCGCGUUCGCAUUCUGCAGUGCCCUCUGUCUCUCUUUCGAGUCCGUCAGUGGAUGUUUCGGCGUCUUCUUCCGCGCGUCCUCUCUCCGGUGCGCUUUCUGCUUCUCUCUCCUCGUCCCUCACCGCGCCCUCGCUUUCGUCUUCAUCUCCCUCUGUGGCAGCGUCGAUGGCCUCGCAUGCCGUUUCCCCGCUUCCGUCCGUCCCCUCCCUUCCUGCCGCGACCGUCGCCCCUGCGCGCGCUGUGGAAGGCGCUCUCGCCGCGAUGCUGAGCUCGCGUUUGGGCUGCGCGGGCGUCGACGGAGAGACAGGCUCUCUCUCGCCCUUCUCGUCUUCGUUUCUUUGCCUACUGCAAAAGGAGCUCCAAAACGCCGGUCGCGGCGCCCCCUCUCUCGCCUGUGCUGAAUUGAACGGUCACUCACCGAGGCGUGGCUUUUUGGCGGGACUUUCUGGGGGGCGGGCGUCUGUCGUCGCUUCAUUCUCUUGCCUUCUCUUCAGAGACGUCCAGCGCGUGUUCCUGGCGAACGAGCGGAGUGGAAAGGCCUAA